AUGUAUGGUCUUCUAUUAGAGGGACUGAAGGAAUAUCUGGUCAGGGAAUACGGUGUGGAACUGUGGCAGACUGCAAUCCAGCAAGUGAGCGGAGAGGUGACAGGCAUCCAAAUAAAACGAGCCUACCCAGAAUCAUUGUUACCAAGCAUUGUUAAGUUAGUAGCAAAGACAACAGGUCGUCCGGAAGAUGAAAUCUAUUUCGCUUAUGGCAAUUUCCACAAAACGUUUCUCUCUCAAAUGGGAUACGGGAGAAUCAUCCGGGUUAUUGCAAACGGAUUUCCACAGUUUAUUAACACCUUAGAUGACGUGCAUCAAAAUAUGCAGAUAAACUACCCCAGAAUGCGUGGUCCCACCUUUGUGGUAUCCGCCACGACGAACACUACAAUGGAGGUCACUUAUAGCAGCAAGCGUGACUGCUACGCCCAAAUGGUCCGUGGACAGCUGACUGCAAUCGCAACAUCACUUUUCGGUCUAGAUGUCGAUGUGGAACUCACUGGCUAUGAGAAGGUACUUAGUUUGAACAGAUACACGUAUCGAAUCACAAACAAAACUGGUGAAUGGCCUCCGAGUUAUAUGACGACUACAGAGAUGAAAAUGGAUACGAUUGCUGCAUCGCACACUUUUGACGAAUCGCUUUUGAGUUUCUUCCAGUUUCAUCUGCUUUUUACAGACAACCUGAAAAUUGUUAGCCUCGGCAAAGGCUAUGGAGAAAUCAAGGAAGUUGCACUGGGAGAGCUGCUGCCGGAUGUGUUUAUGCUGAAUCGGCCGAAAAUCGGAGCAACAUUCGCCGAGGUAGUAAGUAUGAAACAGAAGAUAUUUUUUUCCGUUCAACAGAUCAAACGACACUGUCACGUCACCUUUGAACUGGUCUUGAUAUCUGACGUUGGAAUGAACAUGGAUACCGAAAAAGAACGGACCGUCUCAAAACGUACUGUUACAUUCAGAGGACAGAUGCUCUACGUAGAAGAAUGUGAGAUGAUACUGUUCCUUGGCACACCUGUCAUAAGGGACAUCAAACAACUUUGUCAAUGUGGCCUGUACCUCAGUGACUUUAACUUUUUCGACCGAAGACGUGACCUCAUUUUUGGAGCGGAGAUCGCAAAGUUCUUCAAUGAGGCUUUCGAUGCUGUUAGCAUAUGCUUCACCAAAGUCGUUGACUUUGACAAGAAGUGCAUGAUGAUGCCCGUGGAGGAACUAAUCUACAUGCUGAAUAAAAUGUAUACAAUAUUUGACUGCCUCACAGAAUCACGCAACGUUUACAAGGUGGAAACAAUCGGUGGCAGCUACAUGUUCGUAUCUGGCGCACCGCAGCGCACUCGGUUGCAUGCAGCACACAUAGCCGAACUAGCGUUGGAGAUGCUAUCGGUCACCCAAAAUGGCUUCUUUUGGGACACGCAUGGUUCUGGUGACACAGAACCGGAGAACAAAUUGGAACAAGUUCAAUUGCUAUUUGGAUGCCAUACAGGAUCUGUGGUUACCGGAGUUCUGGGGCACAACGCUCCACGAUACUGCUUGUUUGGUGACGCAGUGAAUACGGCCAAUCGAAUGAUGAGCACAGGGUUGACAGCCAUCCCAACUGGGGUUCAAACACUUACCAUGAAUUCUGAAUGCAAGGCUAUAUGGAGACUUCAAAAACGGGAGAGUUCAUGUCCUUUGGAUGGGAACAAAUAUGAAGAGGACUCAGCAAGUAAACCACUCAACCGGUCACUGAGCGGUGCUGUUCAUCUCGGAGUGGAAAAAGAAUCGUCUUCAAUUCCCCUAAGUCAUUCUUUGAACAAAUCAAUUGUUAGAUUCCUACAACGAAGACAGUCAAAAACUAUGGGCGACGUAUUCCACACCCCAUCAGUUCAGUUUGAGACCAGCUUGGAGGCGACCUCUCAAAGAAAUAAAAAGGCUCUGUUGCAUUCGAGCGAAAAUCCAGCAAUAGAAAAUGCCUCGCUGAAAGUGAAUGCUUCUGAUCACUCUGUGGUACAUACUAAGUCGCACUAUGCGCCUUUGAACCCACUUAAGGAUUCCUCUGGGAACACCAGUAAAGCUGCUUUGGAAAAAGGA